AUGAUGUGGCGAUUCACCAAAGGCUUCGACGAGUACCUACUGCUGUCGAAGGGGCACCUUUUGGGGCAGGACCUGCUUCACGAGUGCUUCCUCGCGCAGGUGACCCUGCCCCUGCCGCUGAUGAUGCUCUGCGACGCGGAGCACACUCAGCUUAAGGAGGCCGGGGACCUUGAGUCCCGGCAGUGUUACGCCGAGCGCCAGGUGCAGGCGUUCUCUCACCGCCAGACUGGCGGUUUCAAGACGAAGAAGGCGCGGGAGUUUCAGAACUCGCUUUCUCCCUUCGCCACCGGAACGUUGCGCUUCGCGGAACCCAUUCUCAACGUGCGCAACGAGGAGUUCACCAACAAACGCAUCAUCGCGUACAUCGCGCCGUUCGCAGGCAAGCUUUUCCCACCCGGCCGCGGCAAGACCGACCUCUCUGACCCCGAGGUCUCGAACGAGGGCGACGAGGAGAUACGUGUUCGCGAGACGCCCUUCGACCGCCCCGACGAUGUUAUCGUCGAGGCGAGCGGCCUCGAGGAAUACCUCAACAACAUGUCGCCCUAAGUUCAGGGCGACAUGUUGUUGAGGUACGGAUUAAGCGCCGCCGAAGUUCGGGGUGACAUGUUGAGGUAUUCCUCGAGGUCGCUCGCCUCGACGAUAACAUCGUCGGGGCGGUCGAAGGGCGCCGGCAGCUUUUGUCUCCACAGAAGUAUGCCUGACAAGUUUUGGAGUGGGUUUCGAAGGGGGGAGACUUUAACCUCGAUGUUGCUGCUGGUAUUGCUUUGCGCGGAGUUAAUGUGUUGGCUCUCACAAAGCUUCACUGCUGGGUUGUCUCAUGUCCCCCAGGGGGUUGACGCAGUUAAGAUAUCCACGCCCUGUCGCGCGGGAUGGCAUCAUCCUGGACACCCGNGAAGUAUGCCUGACAAGUUUUGGGGUGGGUUUCGAAGGGGGGAGACUUUAACCUCGAUGUUGCUGCUGGUAUUGCUUUGCGCGGAGUUAAUGUGUUGGCUCUCACAAAGCUUCACUGCUGGGUUGUCUCAUGUCCCCCAGGGGGUUGACGCAGUUAAGAUAUCCACGCCCUGUCGCGCGGGAUGGCAUCAUCCUGGACACCCGACCUCUCCUCUGCGCUCUUUUUGCAUGAUUAUGUUGGAUGCAUCGGAGCUCCAUUUCUUUUAUUCACCGGCGGCGUAUCACGCCGCGCAAUGGAGACCUGCGUGACGUUCGUGGUGAUGGUGAAUGAUGCAUGUUGCUCAGGAUGUAGACUGUUGCGCUGUCGCCUGGUUGGUCAACACGGCAGCGUUUGUUUGUUGCUUUUUUUUUUUCUGUGUGAUCUACUUCUGCAUUUUCGUAAAGUAAGCGGUUGGUGGCGGGGUCUUUAUUCGCGUCUGUCGGUGACCGUCGGCGGGAGCCUUCGCCGGCUUUGGGGGGGGGGCUUGUUCUUGAUACCUAAGUGAAUCUCUGGGGCGGGUACAUGUCUGCAGUAGUCUUGUUAGAUGACGUCAGUUUUUACCUUGGUGAUCAUGAUGAUGUGAUGAUACCUUUGGUCGAGUAAAAUAUGCUGUUGGGGUGGCGCUUGGCGCAUUCCACACACAGCGUUUGCGGUCUUUGUCUUCUAUGUUUUUGCUUCUCUCCAAUGAAAGUCGUUGAAUGCGUCCACAGUCCACGUCGUUUUCAUAUGGCGUCACGUCCCGGAGUGAGUGUUGGAUUAUGCUUUCUGCUUUUCCUGUAUACCUUUGAUGCAUGUGUCGCGUAGCGCUCGAAUAGAGUAGUGUUGUGCGCGUCAUACAUAAACGAAGCGGAGAGGGCAUUGUAUAACUAGGUACUCGUCGCUGUUUUGUGUACGGAGGGUCGAGAUGCGUUGAAUGAGGGAGAAUCUUCGGACAGAUGGAUCGGUGUGUCAUGGAUUUGAUACUAGCGCCGGCUGUUCCUGUCGGUCUAUACUCUGGCGUGUACUUGUCAUCCUUCGUGUUUCCUGUUUGCGUAUCAAGCAUGUAGCCGGUGCUGCGGGAGUCACUGUAACCGUAGGAAACAGAGAAAAUGAAACCGUUUCGAAAAACCAUCCCCCACAAGGGUAGCCGAUUGGCUGCGGGUGUUACUGGUGCAUGAGGGCGCCUGGCGCGGGAUGAGAGCUAGGUGUUUUCUUACUGUGCUGUGUGUGUCAAGGCGUUUGGAAUCUGUAGCUGCUGCCUCUUGGCCUCGUCCGCGCCGUUUGUUUUCCGUGCGAAUUGUGGCUUGUGGGGGAGGGGAGGGGGGACUUGUUUCGAUGGUGUUGGGAACGUAACGAGGUCUAUUUCUGCAGUCUCUGCAUUGUUUUUGGAGGACACCGCUGUCGCAGCUGGCUCCGUCUCAGGCAGUGAGGUUUUUCCUUGACUAGAGUUAGUUGUAGAAUUUGGGACGGCCGGGGCGUGGGGGGGGUUCUGUGUAUCGUGUCGGGAGAGACGGUCGUUUCUACCUGUGCGUUUGGACAACACUGCUGCCGCUACGUGUAGCUGUUGUCUCCGGCUGAGCGGUGUUUCCUCACAACAAAGGUAGUUUGUUGCGGGGGUUGUGGGUCGUCUCCAUGAUCGACGUCGCUGACGGUCAUGCGCGAGGGCAUGCUGAUGUGGGGGGACAUUCAAUAUUCAGAACGACGUUCGGAAGGGUAUGUAUGUAUUGUUUCAAUUUUGAGUACCUUUUAUGGUUCUCGCUUACAUGUAAUCGUGUAACUUGGGAUGUUGACGACCCUGUGGGUAAAGAUAAUAAGCCGCGAGCGGAGAUGGGUUUAAGCUAGAGCUACUGGCAAUGUGUACGAUGCAUGGGCACGGGAUGUCGUUGUUUCAGAGAUUUGCUCGGGAAUGUACGGAUGGUAAAAUUGCAGUGAUUCGAAUA